AUGCCUGAGGGUGUAUGUGCCCUGAGCAAUCCUGUCCAGGCUGGGGUUCUGGCUAGUUUCAAUGUUUGGUCACUUUCUGUCUGGACUGGCUCCCAGCCGAUUUGCAAAAAUCCAAUUUUUUUGUCCAGAUCAGGACCAGACCAUUUCUGCUAUUGA